AUGAGGGAACUCAAGUUUCACGAGCGGAAGCUCCUCAAGAAGGUCAACUUCCUGCAAUGGAAGAACGAGCACAACCACCGCGAGGUCGAGGUCAUGCGCAGGUACCAUCUGCAAGACCGCGACGAUUACAAGAAAUACAACAAACUCUGCGGGAUGAUCACCAAGCUCGUCAACGUGCUCCGCCAGAUGGACUCUCGAGAUCCGGACCGCGUGGAGCUCACCGACGGGUUGCUCGAGAAGCUGUACAACCUGGGGGUGAUCCCUUCGAAGAAAUCGCUCGCGCUGUGCGAUAAGCUGUCCGUGUCGUCGUUCUGUCGUCGCCGUCUCUCGGUGAUCAUGGUCCGUCUGAAGAUGGCGGAGACAUUACGAGAGGCGGUGACGUUCAUCGAGCAAGGGCACGUUCGCGUCGGACCGGAGACGGUGACGGACCCGGCGUUCUGCGUGACGCGAAACCUCGAGGAUUUCGUCACGUGGGUGGACACGUCCAAGAUCAAGCGCAAAGUCGCGGCGUACAACGACAAGUUGGACGACUACGACCUCCUC